AUGGCCGAUUCCAAGGUGGAAACCAUUGCACGCUUGGCCCAAUGGAAAAUCGACAACUUCGGACCCUGUUCCUACAAAAAGUCCGACCCUUUCAAGCUCGGAAUUUGGAACUGGUACAUUUCUAUUGAGCGGAACAGGUACCUCUACAUACACAUUUUUCCUGAGCCUUCUCGGCUUUCCAAGGAACAGCCACCUGUGGCCCGUUUCAUCCUGCGAGUCUCCAACAACUCUGGCCCUACCCGCAAAUGUUACAUAUCCCCUGUUCAUGAAAGGGUUCUUAGGACAAGUGACGACUUUGUCUGGCCUGUUGAUACUGCAUUCCUUGGUCGCUUUGUUAUUGAUAUUGAAUUUCUUGACCUGAAGACCAGCCCUGGGAAUGGUGGAGUAGCCAGAUCUGUAUGGCCAUCUGAUGGAAAACUGCAAACUGUUGCAGCUCAAAGCACUCUUCGAUGCCUGUCUCGAAUGCUUGAUGAGGCUAUACAUGCUGACCUCACAAUUGUCACUGCAGAUGGUACUCUGAAGGCUCACAAGGCAGUUUUAUCUGCAAGUUCUACUGUGUUCCAUGGCUUGUAUCUUCACAGUGGUGAUGAAGAAGAUAUGUCUACGAUCCACAUGGAAGAUAUGUGUCAAGAAUCCUGCAAGUCUCUCCUAUGUUACCUGUACGGUACUAUACAACAAGAAGAUUUCUGGAACCACAGGCUUCCAUUGCUUGGUGCAGCCAAUAAAUAUGAGAUUGGUGAUCUCAAAGAUGCCUGUGAGGAAAGCCUACUUGAAGAUCUUAACUCGGGAAAUGUUUUGGAGAGGCUAAAUGAUGCUUGGCUGUACCAGCUACACAACUUAAAGAAAGGAUGCUUCUCAUUCUUAUUUGAUUUUGGUAAGAUAUAUGAUGUUAGAGAUGAAAUAAAUAACUUUUUCCGACAUGCUGACAGGGAGCUAAUGCAGGAGAUGUUUCAAGAAGUGCUUACAAUUUUGAAAUAG